GCAAUGUAGAAGCAUGCAACCAACCGCGAAAACAAUCUCGGACUGGCCAGUGACAAACGACUGUCACGUCCACAAAUUAUUUUAUUAAAACAAUGUGCUGGUUUUUAAUAAAUAUUUCAGCUUUUCUCAGAAACACGAAUAAUUACAACAGACAAGCAGACGCUCGUUACUCUCAAAAUGACGAGACAAAAACAUGUGUCUCGGAGUUGCAAAAUUCAGUAGUUGUAUGUCAGCUUACAUGUGACCUGGCUCCUUCUUCUGUAUAACAGUCAUUUCUGAAAAACCAAUGAACAAACGCAUUUAGAAGUAGUUCUGUGUGUUAUCUUAAGUGUGGGAUCGAGAAGGUCAUGUCAGUCGUGACGUCAGCCGACGUCAUGAAAUUAUCUUGUAAACGGCGUCCGGUCGUGCUCCUCCUUUCGGAUCUUCACCUUGAGCUGUUUGAGAAUAAAUGAAACUGCAAAAUGAAAAUUCCCUUAUCUCCUGCCCCAUCUCCCUUACUACCGCCAAAUAUGUUUCGCCAUAAAAACGCUGAGUACGCACUGUACCGACUGAAGCGAUAUUUUACAGGAGAGUGUUAACUUCUACGACGUAUGCCGUGGAGAAACAUAGUACAUCAGCCGUAAGUGUGCAUCUGUAAGACGAAGAGUUAUAUUCCACCACAAUGGCACCAAGACAACAGAUUCCAGAUUUGUCAUCCUUCAGCAGUAAAGAAGUGGCAGCAUUUGUCAGUUCAUUUGAUACAGUUCUGACCGACUGUGAUGGUGUGUUGUGGAUGGGUGACCAGCAGAUUCCAGGCUCUAUAGAAACAAUUAAAAAGCUUGAUGAAAUGGGGAAAAAAAUAUUUUUUAUAUCUAAUAACAAUCUUCUGACUGUUGAAAAAUAUCUAAUGAAGAUCCAAGCUAUGGGCUACAAUGCUACAAAGGAGCAGAUUUUAAUACCUGGUGUUACCAUAGCAGCCUAUUUGAAAAGUGUGGAUUUCAAUAAGAAAGCAUAUGUGAUAGGAACCAGGUCACUUAUUGCAACAUUAAAAGAAGCUGGGAUUGAUUGUCAUGGAGAUGAGCCUGAACUUGCAGAGACUUCUUUGUCUGGAUUCAAAAAUCAAAUCACAUCCCUUGAUUCAUCAUAUGGUGCAGUUGUUGUUGACUAUGAUCCCAACAUCAAUUACUUAAAAAUGAUGAAAGCUGUUGUUCUGCUGAAAAAACCUGAUUGUAUAUUUGUUGCUGGAGCAACGGAUGAAACUGUAAUGUUCCGUAGUGAUCUAAAAAUGAUAGGUCCAGGGAGUUUCCUUUCAAUUAUGGAAACAGUUUCUGAAAAAAAUGCUGUUAUUCUUGGCAAACCAGGAUUAUUUAUAAAAGAUGUUGUAUCAAGUAGACAUUCUAUUGUUCCUUCAAAGACCCUUAUGAUUGGAGACAUGGUGAAGCAGGAUAUACUCUUUGGCAACAGAUGUGGCUUUCAGACAAUUCUUGUAUUGUCUGGGGUUUGUACCCUGGAUGAUGCUUCAGAUGAUCCAGAAUAUAAACCAAGAUAUUAUAUUCAGAAACUUGGAGAUCUCUUGUCGAAAUUGUAGACCUUGAACUGAAAAGUUUCUUCUCCAAAGAAGAAAAAGAGAGAAGGGAACUAGCAGUUGCAGUGCAAACCAACAAUAGUGCACAGUGGUUGCUUCCUAGUCCUAACAAUGCUUUUAUGUAGAUGCUAUUUUUAUAUGUGAAGUAAUUUACUUGAAAUGAUGAACAACCUGCAGUAUUAAUGCUUUUACUUUAUUUUAGUUCCCCCAUUUUGAGUGGGUUACAGCUUUAAACCAUGCUUCUGGCUUAAAUUUGAAUUAUACAUUAAUGCUCUGAUUCUCCAGCUCUAGGUAGAAAACAUAAUUUCUUAAAAACCUACUUUUGUGGCACUUGGGUUCUUAAUUAGAUACCUUGUUCCUCUUCCUCUGUCUUCUUCUAUUGUUCCUAGUUCCACAGCUCCACAAAAAGGAAUCAUUAAUACCAAAAGAUUGUUGUCGCCUUCUUCUUGCAGAUGUUGGGUUUGGCAUACUUGGUUUUUGCAGGCAGCCUAUUUCAGUUUCUUCUGUUUAUUUCUUUUGUAUUUUUUUUAUAUACUGUAAAGGAGUACUUUGCAUCAUAGUGGUAUAACACAUAAUCAGAGACUAACUUGUUUUUCGUAUUUUUUUUUUUUUUU